UAAGAAGCGGAAAGAUACCAUACCGAGAGUCGAUCGUUUCACAAGGCUGAGGCGAACUAUCCGACUUAUCACCCUAGCAAAAGACAGACAGCUAUGGCCGAGUCUUACGAUGUACAAACAUACCUACUCGAUAGGGCCAAUAUCCGGGAUACGGUUGUUCGGGCAAUGCACCUUUUUGACACUGGUGCGACUGCGGAGACGAUUCAAUCUGUCUAUACAUCGGAAAUCCACCUUGAUUAUGAUCAGCGAUUAGGCUUUACCCCAGAGGUAAUCUCAAGUGAGUCUUGGGCUCAGCGGCUGGACCAGAUUCAUAAACCGUAUGACGAAACACAGCAUAUUAUUCAGAAUCUCCUGGUUACUCUGCCGCAACCUACGGGCAAGCAUCCUGUUACUCGCCCGGACCGCUGUGAAGCUAUUGCGUAUGCUCACGGCUGGUUCUAUAAUUUAGAUACAGAUAAUCGUCCACGCCUAAUGGCGAGACGCCAAGGGGGAAAGCAUUGGCUCGAGCUCUUGAGACUCAAAGAUUUAGAAGAAAAUGGAGAAAAUCCCUGGAGAAUUCAUAAGCAGGAGGUGAGGCUGUCAUGGCAGGAUAUGGGCACACAUUAGCUCUACCUAUUAUACGUCAGAACGGUAAUCUAGCAAUGUACGUUCAAAUUCUCGACAAAGCAUGCCAUCUCUGCUAAGCGCGAGGAAUAAUGGGGUUGUAAUAGGAGAGUCGGUUCUCAGGGUCAUAUUGAGCCUUGAGAGCGCGCAAUUUCCCCAGGCGCCAGGGCUCAUAGCCAUACAUGGACUCCACGGAUUCGUCCCCAAAAGCAUAGUUUACGUAGGUUGUCGGACGACGCCACGGUUGCCCUGCAUUCCACAAGUCACGAGUUUCUUUGGCCCAUUCCCGGGCAAAAGCUUCCAGUUCCGAAUUCGCUUUGAGGGCCACAUCAAAGUACCUGUAAAAUGUCAGCCAGGGUAAUAAUGACAGGCGAAGACUGCACAGGACAUACAUCAGGAGAUUAUCCUGCCGCAGCGGAUAUGCGGAUUGGUCGGCCUCUAUACGGCGAACUCCUUCGACGGCGUAGCCCUCGUGGACCACCCGUGCUGUCCUAAGUUCCGCAUGUCCGACGACCUUUUCAUUGAACAGGUCAUAAAUCUGACGCUGCGCAGUAAUAUUGUAAACCUGAAGACCGGCCGUGGCGAUGAUAUGGGUUUUGUUCGCCGCGCAGAGGUCAGACGUCAGACCACUCCC